CCCAUCUCCUCCCCCCUCCCCCGCCUCCCCCCGCCUCCCUCCUCCUCCUCCCAGCAUCUCCUCUCUCUCCUCUCGACCCGCGGCAGGAUGGACGUCGUGAAUCAGCUGGUGGCUCAGGGUCAGUUCAGGGUCCUGAAGGUUCCUCUGGGCUUCAUUAAGGUCUUAGAAUGGUUCUUCGCCAUCUUCGCCUUCUCCACCUGUGGCAGUUAUUCUGGGAUGUUCCGGAUGUCGGUGGAGUGUAAGAACCGGACAGACAGCGACCUGAGUAUAGAGGUGGAGUUUGAAUAUCCGUUCAGACUCCACCAGGUGUAUUUCGACGCCCCCACCUGUAAGGGCGGGAACAAGGAGCGCCUCUUCCUGGUUGGUGACUACUCUUCCUCGGCCGAAUUCUUUGUCACCAUCGGAGUCUUCGCCUUCCUCUACUCCACGGUGGCUCUCAGCAUCUACGUCUUCUUCUUUGAGAAGUACAAGGAGAACAACAAAGGCCCACUAAUCGAUCUGGGAGUGACCGGAGUGUUUGCCUUCAUGUGGCUGGUGAGUUCGGCGGCCUGGGCCAAAGGUCUGUCCGAUGUAAAGACGGCGACCGACCCAGACAAAGUGAUCACUCUGAUCACUGCCUGCGACGCAGAGGAAAACCGCUGCCGCGAAGUCCACGAUCCAGUCAUGUCUGGACUCAAUACCUCGGUGGCAUUCGGUUUCAUUAACCUGGUCCUGUGGGUGGGAAACCUCUGGUUCGUCUUUAAGGAGACCGGCAUCAUUGCUCCCUUCAUGCGGGCUCCUCCUCCUCAGGGGAAACCCACAGCACCGGACGCCUACGGCCAGCAGGGUGUGUACGAACAAGAUCCGUACGCCAGCAACCAGGGAGGAUACCAACCUGACUACAGCCAGCAAGGAUACAACCAGGAGGCAGAGUAUGGUCAGGGUUACGGCCAGCAGGGGGCACCCACUUCCUUCUCCAAUCAGAUGUGAGCUGACAGGAAGCAGAAAGCAUCGGAGUGAACAAAGAGUGGGUCGCCUGCAACCUACCCACAAUGCAACACUCCUGUCUGUCUGCAAAGUUAAGGGGUGGGGUGGGAGGGUGGGGGUGAGGUGGGGGAGGUUGUAGGGUGGGGUGGGGGGGAGUUUAGAUGUUCACUAUAAUGAAUCGAUGUGUAAAUGAUUAAAAAGAGAGUUAUAAAUAACAAAUCCACAACUUGAACAAAGCACCAAAAGAACAACAACAAACAACGCUGACGAAUAGAAACCCUCUGAACCAGUAACGAUGUUGAUAAGAGUUAAAUUCAUAUUAAAGUAAAUCAUCUGUGGAGAGAAUGUAUGUUUGUGUUGUAUAGAUAUCACUUUGAACAGAUAUAUAGACUGAACCGUUUCUUCAUGUUUCCUAUUGCCCCACCCCCUCUUAUAUGCCCUGCCCCCUGACAUUAACAAACCAGAUUCACAUUGGCCAAUCAUGAAGCUGUUCAGACUGCGUUCACAUUGAUCUGAUUUAAACCAGAUCCAAACUAGAUCCAAGUGAGAACCAGGUCAAACCGGAUCCGGCGUCCUCCGACAUCACCUCCUGGCUGUUUGCUGUUUGUCUUGCUGCAUGUUAAUAUCAACACAGGAAGUGAUGUCAUUCUGGAGACACAGUAAACCCGGUCUGGACUCCAGCUUCGUGGUGACGCUGGGUGGAAACUGGAUCCAAAAUGGCUCCUGAUCACUACAGUCUGUGUUUGAUUAAUGGGCUCAGCUGGAGCUUCGUUCUGCUACAUUCCUGCUGCUGCUCUCAGAUCAGAUUAUCUGAGGAGACGACACAACGCUGCACAAACAUCCAUCUGAAUCGUUAUUACAUAAACCAAGACCACACGAUUCUACUGGUUUCUAAUGCACUUUGUUUUACUUCAGCAUGUUCCAGCAGCACUGACAGCGUCUGAAAACAGAAAAUGUUUCACAGAUCUAAAACAUUCAGCUCGUUGACUGAGCUCCAGAGAAUCAGCAAUGUUUCUGUGUCUUGGUUCAGGUCAGUUUGUUCUAAGAAACUAAAAACUGUGAAUCAAAGCAUUGUCCUAAAACCUGAAGAGGCUAAAGACUCAGGCCCCUUCAGGGGUUAAAAUCUACAAGUUUCAGAAAUCUGAAAAUAAAAUAUGUAACAUGCUUCAUAAAAUACAUUCAGUUCAGAUACUGAUCAGAUUAACUGAUGCUGAUCAGUUAAUGCUGCAUUAACGUUAGCGUCUAGCGUGCUAGUGUUAGAUAACAGGCAGCUAGUGCUAGCUAGCUGCUUCAGGAAGUCUCUAGUACUUGUACAUGCUAAUUAUUGUAACGGCUAACGUAACAGCAGUUUUCAGACAGACGUUUCAGACGGACGUUUCUGUGGGCGGACGUUUAUUUGUCGUCUCCUCGGCUCUCAGCCAAUCAGCAGCAGCCGUGAGCUGUUUUUGUAAAAGUCUGAAAAAGGGAAAAAAAAACUCGAUGCUUCUUCUUCUUUGGUUGUUUUUUUGGAAAGUGAAGCUGUUUUUAGCAUUGGUAUCUUCCUCCGCAUGGUGACGUGUUUCCUGCUCGUGUUGUACAGUAACUGAUGAUCAGUGUGAUUCUACUUCCUGUUCUCCUGUACAGGUGUGUGUGUGUGUGUGUGUGUGUUUGUUACCUGUCCAUACUUCUUCUAUAUCUCUCUAUCACUCUCUCUCUCUCUUUUUAACUCUUUUCUUUCGUUCAUCUUUUCUUCACUCUAUUUUAUCUUUCAUUCUUUUUCCUUUUUCCUCCUUUCUUUUCUUUCCCCCUUUCUUUCUUCUUUUCUUUCUUCCUUUUCUUCCUUCUGUUCCUGCCCCCCCCAUCCCUCUCUGUUGUUCCUCCUCUCGUUGUUCUUCGUGACUCUCCUCUCUGCCUCUGUGAUGUAACUUCCUGUGUGAUGAUAGUCUACUCAGCAUCAGUAACCAUGGCGAUGGUGUUGACAGUGUUGAUGAUGAUGAUGUAUGUGUGACUUGUUGCUAUGGAGACCCCCCCCCCCCCUCCACCCACCCUUGUGUUUAUUCAGUGGAAAAAUUUAAAUAAACAACAAACUCGUC